UAGAGAGAGGGAGGGGAAGGGAAGGGGGUACAAAAUGCCUAUCUGAGUCUUAUUUAAUUCUCUUAUUCAGCAUCACGAAGAAUGAAACCAAACCCUGAGUGAGAGCGACAACAUCUCAUGUCUUUGUUCAGUAGACUGAGGAGCACAUCACCAAUCACACAAGUGAGAAUGAUGCAGAGAGUUGCCAUGCUAUUGUUCUGCUGCCUGUUACUUUCAGCGACAUCUUCCCCAGUCUAUCCACUGAGGUUCGGUCAGAGAGCGGCUGCGAUACUGAUGACCUCCUCUAUUGAGGAUCCAAUGCAGUUGCCAGCAGACACUUCAUCCCAAACACCAGAUGCUGAGUUUAGGUUUGGGAGACAUGCUGACGCCAUCUUUACCAACAGCUACCGAAAAGUUCUUGGUCAAAUAUCUGCCAGAAAAUUCCUUCAAACUGUUAUGGGCAAAAGACUUGGACCAGAAACUCAAAACUAUGUGAAACGCCACUCUGGCAUAUAUGGAGACACCUUCAAUCAAGAUGUGGAUAUGGAUGUAAUUGAAAGAGAACAAAGUUACAGAGAACCACAACGACUUAAGUUCUCAGUAGUUACACAAUGAUUAAAGAUUAAUCAUUAGUCAAUAAACUGUGAACAAUCUUUAUACUUACAUUUGCCACAUUUCACACUGGAUUAUUAAAUCUAAGUUCAGCCUUCGUAAA